AUGCGCUCCACUAAACUUCCGUUUCUCAUCGCUUCGGCUGCUGUCCUCUCAGUACCCGCCGUCCUCGCUGCUGAUGGACACUUGAGCGGCCCCACCACCAAGAUCACCGCCAGCGGGCUCGAAAUCGUGACGGCCAACCCCAAGACCUGCAAACGUCCUACUAAAUCUGGCGACGAGAUUAGUGUACAUUACCGGGGCAAGUUGCAGUCCGAUGGUACCAAGUUCGAUGAAUCGUACAGUCGUGGCGAGCCUCUCAGUUUCAAGCUUGGUGUCGGCGAGGUGAUAAAAGGAUGGGAUGAGGGACUAUUAGGCGCGUGUCCUGGUGAACAACGGAAGCUGGUCAUUCCUCCAGAACUAGCCUAUGGACAUAGUGAUCUUGGGGUCAUCCCUCCAGACAGCACCUUGAUCUUCGAUACAGAGCUCAUUUCGAUAGCUGGCGUACCCACCGAGACCGAGGAGCCUGCGCUCAGGCCUGAGGAACUGCUACCACCACCUCCGAUUCCGCAAGACGAUUUCCCUCCACCUCCACCGUCCGGCAGUGGGUCUGAGAAGGGACCAAAGGGCAUGAUGCAAGCACAAGAUGGCGAAUGUAAGCUUCUGGGUCCUUUUGCCCUGAUUGUCCAGGCCGCACUAGGUGCCCUUGCUCUGCUCUCCCUUGUCUUCAAGCGUUGGAGAGAACGCCCGAGACGACCAGUCAAGAUCUGGUUUUUCGAUGUUUCCAAACAGGUCGCUGGUACCUUUUUGCUGCAUCUUGCCAACCUGGGCAUGUCAAUGUUCUCGUCAGGCAAAUUCGAUCUCGCCAGCACGAAACCCGAGGACAUCUCUGCAAGUGUCUCUGCUGUUACUGCUGAUGAUGGCAAGAUGCCAAAUCCUUGUUCGUUUUAUCUUUUGAACCUGGCUAUCGAUUCGAUCAAGUCUGGUUAUUAUGGCAANCCCCCGCGCGCCACUUGGUGGCUCAAGCAAUCUAUCAUCUACUUCAUCGGACUGUUUGGCAUGAAACUCUUUGUCUUCUUGCUCUUCGCAAUGUUACCAUGGUUGCCAUGGGUCGGCGACUGGGCUCUUCGCUGGACCGAAGGCAACGAAGCCCUUCAAAUCGCCUUUGUGAUGUUCAUCUUCCCUGUGGCUAUGAACGGCAUCCAAUACUACAUCAUCGACAGCUUCAUCAAGGGCAAGGAAUCAGAUAGAGAAGGUUUCCAGGCAGUGCCUACCGAGGACGACGAAGAGCACAUGGGAAGCAGUGAUGGUGCAGAUGACGAAGACGGAUCUAAGAGAAGGGACAGGGUCAGCACAGCGGAGCAUGUGGCCGAGGCUAAUCCUACAGUAGUGCCUUCUUACGACCAUGAUUCAGACGCUGAAGCCUCGAGUGGGAGUGGCCCGAAUCGUAGGUAG